UACCCCUCACAUCACAACAAGUUCAAUCUUAGAUCUUUUGUGCAAGUAUCUGAACCCUACGUCUCUCUCUCCUUACCGCCUUCGAUUGCAUCCGCCCCUAUCUUUUCUUCAUCGAUUCACGAACAAAUCAGAACUAAUGGCACAUAGAAUAUUGAGAGACGUUGAGGCGGAUGGUUGGGAACGAUCUGAUUUCCCAAUCAUAUGUGAGUCAUGUCUAGGUGACAAUCCGUACCUUCGAAUGACAAAAGCAAAUUAUGAUAAGGAGUGCAAGAUCUGCACUAGGCCAUUUACAGUGUUCAGGUGGAGACCUGGUAGGGAUGCAAGAUACAAGAAAAGUGAGAUCUGCCAAACAUGCAGCAAGUUGAAAAACGUUUGUCAAGUUUGCCUUUUAGAUCUUGAAUAUGGUUUACCAGUUCAAGUUCGUGAUACGGCACUCAGUAUCAACUCAAAUGACUCCAUACCAAAGAGUGAUGUCAACAGGGAAUACUUUGCUGAGGAACAUGAUCGCAGGGCAAGAGCUGGUCUAGAUUAUGAGUCCUCGUAUGGAAAGGAACGACCAAAUGACACUAUUUUGAAACUGCAAAGGACAACACCGUAUUACAAGAGGAAUCGAGCACAUAUUUGCAGUUUUUUCAUCAGAGGCGAAUGUACUAGAGGUGCUGAAUGCCCUUACAGGCAUGAGAUGCCUGUCACUGGCGAGUUAUCCCAGCAGAAUAUCAAAGACCGUUAUUACGGAGUUAACGAUCCAGUUGCGCUAAAACUACUAAACAAGGCAGGCGAAAUGCCGUCGUUAGAGCCCCCAGAGGACGAGAGCAUUAGAACGUUAUACGUAGGAGGGCUGGAUGCGCGAGUUUCCGAGCAAGACCUUAGAGACAACUUUUACUCUCACGGUGAAAUUGAAUCCGUAAAAAUGGUUCUCCAACGCGCGUGUGCCUUUGUUACCUACACUACUCGAGAAGGUGCAGAAAAAGCAGCUGAAGAACUCUCGAACCGACUCGUCAUCAAAGGCCUUCGGUUAAAACUAAUGUGGGGCCGCCCACAAGCACCGAAGGUUGACGGUGAACCAGGUUCGGAUGAAGCGAGACAACAAGCGGUUGCUCACAGUGGAUUGUUACCCCGUGCGGUUAUAUCACAGCAGCAGAAUCAGUUUCAGCCGCCAGGAACUUCCGCUAGUCAGGACCACCAACACCCGCCACCACCAAUGCAUUAUUUUAAUAUACCGCCUCCACCACCUCAGCAUGGCCGUGCGUUUUAUCCUUCAAUGGAUCCUCAAAGAAUGGGUGCGGUGAUCCAUUCUCAAGACGGGAGCGGUGCUAGUGGGUCGGGUGAGAAUAGAAGUGGUGGUUCAGAUCAGCGGCCACAUUAUGCUGCUUAUCCACCGCCACCGCUUCCACCUCAAGGCGGUGGACAAUACUACCAGCAGUAUUAUCCACCACCACCGUACGGGUAUGGUCCACCUCCACCUUAUCAACAAUACCGUCCACCGUCUCAUUCACCCUCAAUGCCGCCAAGUGGACCAAGCAGUGAACAAGCACAUCAACAGAAAGCACCGGUGCCACCAGCGGCGCCGCCAGUGGCAGCUGCAGCAGGGCCACCACCACCACAAUGAAGAAAAAAAUUAUUUGUGGUUAAACUGUGGGUCUUGCUAAUAUCAUUCUGUUGAAUGAAUUAUUUAUGCUUGUUCAUUUUUGUUAUGCAGUUUGUAUCUUGACGGUUUGGAUGGUUUUCCAAAUUACUUAUUUUAUAACUUCGGUUUAGUAA